CCAGCCGCGAAAUUGGGAGGACUGCGCCUGCGCCUGCCACCUCACAGUGCGCCCUGACAAGACUCCGCUCGGGCCGCCAUCAUCGCCGGGUUUGAACCCUCCACCCCUCCGUAGCCAGGUUUCUGGUUAGGCCACUCGGUCUUUCCUUUUUUCUUUCUUUCAAAUCUCCCCAUCCCCGGCUUCAAACUGGAGUCCUUUGCAGCAGCGGGAAGAGGGAGUCCUCUCCGCAGUAUCCGAGCGGAGACUGCGGAGAUGGCAGCGCAGAAGAUCAACGAAGGAAUGGAACAUAUCGCCAAAGCCGAGAAAUACCUGAAAACUGGUUUUUUAAAAUGGAAGCCAGAUUAUGACAGUGCGGCAACUGAAUAUGGGAAAGCAGCUGUUGCUUUUAAAAAUGCCAAACAGUUUGAUCAAGCCAAAGAUGCCUGUCUGAGAGAAGCUGCUGCACAUGAGAAUAAUAGGGCUCUUUUUCAUGCGGCCAAGGCUUAUGAACAAGCUGGCAUGAUGUUGAAGGAGAUGCAGAAAUUACCUGAAGCUGUUCAACUGAUUGAGAAGGCCAGUAUGAUGUUUCUGGAAAAUGGGACACCUGACACAGCAGCCAUGGCCUUGGAACGGGCAGGAAAACUUAUAGAAAAUGUGAACCCUGAGAAGGCUGUACAGUUAUAUCAACAGACAGCUAAUGUGUUUGAAAAUGAGGAACGUCUACGACAAGCAGUUGAAUUACUAGGAAAAGCCUCUCGACUUUUAGUACGAGGACGUAGAUUUGAUGAGGCUGCACUUUCCAUUCAGAAGGAAAAGAAUAUCUAUAAGGAAAUUGAAAAUUAUCCAACAUGUUAUAAGAAAACAAUUGCCCAAGUUUUAGUUCAUCUACACAGAAAUGACUAUGUAGCAGCAGAAAGAUGUGUCAGAGAGAGCUAUAGCAUACCAGGAUUCAAUGGAAGUGAGGACUGUACUGCCCUGGAACAGCUUUUAGAGGGAUAUGACCAGCAAGACCAAGAUCAAGUGUCAGAGGUCUGCAAUUCUCCGCUUUUUAAGUACAUGGAUAAUGAUUAUGCCAAAUUGGGCUUAAGUUUGGUAGUUCCUGGAGGAGGAAUCAAGAAGAAAUCACCAGCAACACCACAGGCCAAAAGUGAAGGUGCAGAAGCCACAGCUGGUGUUGAUGAAGAAGAGGAUGAAUAUUCAGGAGGACUCUGCUAAUUGUUAUCAUGCAUACUCUUAGGGUAGGGGGUUGGAGGGAAAAUCUGAUAAGCUAUUUUGUGGAGGUUGAGUGUACCUAAAUUCUUAACCCCUUUCUGUAGUACUGAAUUAGAACAUCAGUGUAGAAGCUCCUUAUUUUGGGCUACUAUACCAAAAAAAUUCCUCCUCCUUCCCUUCCUGUGAAUCCCUUCCUUGGUAAAAGUUCGUCCAGAGUACCAGCUUCAAUUUUCUUUUAAGAGAAUUCAUUCAAAAGUGAUAAUAGACUUCUUUGAGAACUGAAUUCUAGAGUUAAGAUUGUGGAUUAGAAUGGCAGGUGGGACAUUUGAAUGUCAUUUUUUCCAUUUGUGAUUUUUGUAUUAUCUGGCAAAUACUUUUUUCUUUAUUAACUAGUAAUUGGCACUAAAAGUGACUUCUCCUGAUAGAAAGUCAGUACCUGGUCUACUUGUUUUUCUUGUGUAUUCUACAUCUGUUUGAGGCUACAUACAUGUAUAGAUAUAUGUGUAUGGGUGUUUGUAUGUAUAUGUAUGUGAAUACACACAUAUUUUAAAGGAAAUCUCAUGCUCAUGCCAUAGGAUACAUUAAAUGGUUCAGUCUUUUUAGAAAAUAAGUUUGGGAACAAGACAUAGUUUUGAGCCUAUGAGCUGUUUUUAGUCUAUUGAAAUAUGUCAAUUUGCAAAAUUUGAAAACACUAAGCAAAGUCAUCUGACAAAGUUAUGUAUCUUUUCCUGGAUUUAAACAAGAUGAAUAGAUACAUAUUUCAAAGAAAGAACAUUGACUAAGGUUAAUAAGAACCUAUGAAAAAUCCUUUCGUAAUUGUGUGUUCUCAGAAGGAAACUGAAAAUGAAACAAUGUCUGCCCAGCUCCUUCUAAACAAACUACCUCCCUGCCAAAUAUGCAGCUACUGGGCUAGUCUGUAGUGGAAGAAGAAGAGCUGGCUAUUGGUGAGGACAAGGUCUUCACAGCAAAAUUCUAGAUGGAGAAGAAGCUUUUUUGAAAAAAUGAUGGGUUUAAAGCUCCAUGAUUCAAAUAAGUGGCUAGUCAUUUCCCCAAAUGGCAGCUAGGAUGCUUUCCUUGGGGAUUUUAGAUGUAUCUUAUACACAUUUUGUGUUUUUGCUUGAUGGUCAUAAAUUUUAGAAUCACCCCUUUUGUGUUGAAGUCCUUUCAAGUGAUCUGCUAAUUUGGAAAAGGGCUCCAGACACAAGUUACAUGCAUUCUGCAGGCAGAUGCUAACCACCUUACAUAUUGAUUUACUAUUUAUUUUCUAAAUAUACAUAAGCCAUAGGCACACACACACAUAUGCACACAUAUUAUAAUUUCUUUAUUUAUGCCUGAUAUCUGAAAUAACUCUAGUGAGAUGUUCUAGAAGCCAUUUCUGAGAAUUAGUCAUGAGACUCUUCAUGUAUGCAUUGUAAUUUAUGCAUAGUUCUAGGCUUCCCUGGAAGCAUUAUGAGUGGAUAAAUGAAAAUAUCCUUAACAUAUACACAUAACUGAUUCUUUUUUCCUAGAGUCUAAUGUAAAUCCUCUGCAUGUGUAUAUGUGUGUGUAUGUAUGUAGGUAGGUGUGUGUGUGUGUGUGUGUGUGUGUGCGCAAAAAUGCUUAUUUUAGCUUGUUAUAAAACACUAUUAUAUUUUACAUUUGUUUUCAAGCCCAUUACAUCAGGCAUAUCAAGACUAAUUUUGGACUGUCAUCUGCAUUUGGUAAUUAGUACUCCAAGAUAAAAAUGUUCACAUCUUAAGGAUUUGUUGCGCCAGUGUUGCAAUACCACUUUGUUCUAAUCACAAGCUUCUAACAGUGUGGAGUCAUAUAUAGAUCUUCCUGUGGACAAAUUAUUACCUGCUCUCAACUGAAUAUGGAUGUACUCAAGGCAACAUAUCAGUCAAUAUUGUACUAUUCACAUACCACAUACUGUUUUGUUUUUUUUUUACAACAUUGAACAUUUUCAUAUUCUUUUCCCAAUUAUACCUCAAAAAAUCAUAAAUAAGUUAAUGUGUCCAGUUGGAGGAACAUAAUCAAGUCUCAGUUUUCAAUAGAAAUGUUUUAGAAUUUUUUUUUUUUUAUGUAACUACAAAUUCUUAGAAUUCCCUUCUCCUCUUUACUUUUUUUCCCCCAAUAUUCAGAACUAAAGCACCUACCUUGUUCAGCCAUGUGUGAAUAUUUCUUUGAUAGGGCUAUUCUAGUUUAGUAAAUAUUUUUUAAAAAUUGUUUCAAAUUGAUCAUUUUUUUUUGCCCUCUGAUGCAGUUUACACACUUUAAAAUAUUUUAUCAGGAAACCAGGUUAAAAGCGGAAAACAUUGAGGUGUUGUAAUAGGAAAAAUGUUUUCCAGUGUUCUACUUUUCCCCCUUUUGUACAAAAGAAGAAGUCUGCAUGGAUGUGCUUAAAAUUCAUUAUAAUUUUUCAUUGUAAGUGAAGUCUGUCUCUGUCAUAUAUUUAAUAUAUUAAAUUUGUAUAUAUACAGAGUAUGGUAUUCUUAUAGUAUGAAACCUGUGCUUCACUUGUAUUUUUCCUAACUUUGUGAUGUAUAAAUAGAGUAUUAAGUGUUAUAGUAAUGCAGAUUAUUACCUCUCUGGAAGGAGACUCCAUAUGUGACAAUUAUGAAAAUAAAACAUGAAGCUUUAAUUUAGCCAUU